AAAGAAAGACGGUUAAUAUAUUCGAUGACUUCGUCCUCUCCCUGUGCCCCUGGGCAGACGGCAAGCCGACAGAGGCCGAUGUGUUGGCUAGCUAUGUCACCUGGACCUCUAUGGUCCGCGCUGAGCACAAGUUCACAAAAGAAGCAAUCUUGAUGUCCAAGCUCUGGAUGAACAAGGUGUGGAGCUGGGAUCACUGCUUCAAUGCUCUGGCCAUAGCUGCCCUCGAUCAGCAGCUUGGCCUCGACCAGCUCACCGUCGUCUUCGACCACCAAGCGCCAGACGGCCGUCUCCCCGAUUCAGUCGACUGGCAGAACAUUGAGUGGGGAUUUACAAAGCCUCCCAUCCAGGGCUGGGCUCUUUCCAGCCUCCUUACCCAAUUCCCGGACAUGAGCGAUACCUCGCGUCUUCCGUUCUGGCCGCACGGUAACGAUUCUGGUUGGGACAACUCCACCGCGGUCGACAGCACGCCCAUGGUCGUCGGGCCUGACCUGACGGCUUACCUUCUUCUUCAGGCCAGCUGCCUAGAACAGGUCGCCAAACGCCUACGACGCGAUAGCGAAUCCGAAAGAUGGACAAAUAUGAGAGAUUUGCUGACCAAUGCUCUCAUUGAAGAAUUAUGGGAUGGCGAGUCUUUCCUCCUGAAGAAUGCUAUUACAGGCGAGACCCUCAAAACCACAGCCCUUCUACAAUUCAUGCCUCUCGCUGCCGCGCGAUAUCUGCCGGAUGAAGUCGUUGACAAGAUGGUCGCAAGUAUUAUGUCCAAGCACCUAAGCGAGUGUGGUCUCGCCACCGAGGAGCUAUCCUCGCCUCACUACGAGAGCGACGGUUACUGGCGCGGCCCCAUCUGA